UUUUGCAAGAAAACCCGAGCUCAACAAACCUAUCCAGAAGAGCGAGAGCUUUUUUAACAAGGUUGAGGUCGCAGAAAAACGUAAGCAACGAUGAAACCUGGUUUUAUGUCUUCCCGUAAUCGUUUAAUAGGCCCGACUACGGCUAAAGGCAAGGAAAAAGAAAAGGACAAGAAGGACCUCUCAAGACAGACCACGCUCUUUGGUUUGCCAUCGAAACCCCCUGCAGAAAAGGAAAAGCGAGCAAAGAAAAAAAUCGAGGAUACACCUGAGGCUGAAGAGGCAAAGCGAAGCCCUCCGGCAGGCUCCCAAGCCAUGGAUGUAGAAACCCAGGACGCCACGCUAGUAGAUAGCCAAGCUCACCCCGACCCAUCAGACGUACAGAUGGACACUCAGCCUCUAGACAUGGAUGAUGAGCCCAUUGAAUGGCCGGAUUCACCGCCGGCUGCCGCUGUUGACGACGAUGAUUAGGUCCGACUUGUUUCCCCCUUUUUAUCCAUCGUUGUAGGCGUAUCAUCAGUGGUUUCGAUGUGCGUAUCUAAAGUAUGUCCUAGUCUAUCUAAUAUCACACUUCCUGCAUUGCUUGACUUGAA